CUCUUGACUCGAAUGGCGAUUCAUGGCUUGCCACAGUCGACACCGACCUCUGGGAAGCCUCUUCACUUUGAUCUCCUCAAUGUGAUACGACCAAAUAUCUUACAACUUCACCCUUAUCGGGCUGCUCGCGACGACUAUUCCUCUGGAAUCCUGGUUGACGCGAAUGAAAAUGCUUUGGGCCAUUCCAUAGACUCAACUUCUGACUCUCUGACAUCCCUCCACCUUCACCGUUACCCAGAUCCAGCACAGCCUGAAAUAAAGGCACGCAUUGCUGCCCUGCGAGGGUUUCCUGAAAGCGCUAUCGACCAUAUAUUCCUCGGUGUAGGCUCAGACGAGGUGGUCGAUCUAUUGAUGCGUGUUUGCGUCACACCAGGCAGAGAAAAGAUUCUCACUACUCCUCCGACCUAUGGAAUGUAUGCUGUCUCAGCUCAAAUCAACGAUAUUGGCGUUGUACGAUGUCCACUGGAGCUUUCGGGCACAAAUGGAGAGGGCGGGGAGAACGGCAGGUUCAGUGUCAAGCUGAAGGAGGUCAAAGCAGCCAUUGACGCGGACCCGUUGAUAAAACUUGUUUUCCUGUGCUCUCCUGGUAACCCCACGGGAACCUUGAUUCCCAUUCAUGUUAUCAAAGAGCUGCUCGACUACCCCAACUUCAAAGGCAUCGUGGUCGUUGACGAGGCCUACAUCGAUUUUGCGACACCAGAAGCGUCUGCCGUCUCGUUGGUCAAAGAUUACGGCAACAUCUGUGUGAUGCAAACUUUGAGUAAAAGCUUUGGUCUUGCUGGCGUGCGGCUAGGUGUUGCCAUCGCCCAGCCGCCACUCAUCCAAGUACUAUCCAACACCAAAGCGCCGUACAAUAUCUCUACGCCUACGUCUCAUAUCGCUCUCGCCGCACUUUCUACGACUUCCAUCAAUUUUAUGCGGUCUAAAAUGACAACCUUGAUUGGCUCUAGAGCAGCACUACUUCAAAGCCUCUCAACUAUCUCCGAAGUUGGCGCCCCCCUCGGCAGUAAUGAUGCGAACUUUGUUUUGGUACCCAUUCUCGACAAAGAUGGCAGCGGAAACCCGGACAACAUACGCGCUCAGCGCCUCUAUAAGCUUCUCGCGGAGGAAAACGGCGUCGUUGUGCGUUUUCGUGGCAACGAACCAGGAUGCACAGGCUGCGUCCGGAUUACAGUGGGGACAGAGGAUGAGAACGGAAUAGUUGUAUCCAUGAUACGUAAGGUGUUGUCGGAAAUAUGA